GGGGGAAUCAAAAUAAAUAAAUAUUAAAUAAUCCCAAAUGGAAGAUAGUGUAAUCAAGCAGAGAUUUGAUAGCGAGCAGAGGGACAGCGAGUUCUUCUUAUGGAACAGUGAAGAUAUUGAUCUUGAUGAUCCGAUGGAGUCACCUAGUGAGAGACAGUCGGUUUACAGUUUCAACUCCAACCCUAGCAUACUGAUUCAUGACAAAGGCCAGACGAGGAGAGAUCAUUUUGAUUCCUUUAAUACAACGAAAAACAUAAAGUUGGAGAGUAAAAUGAGAGCCCCCAUCUUAUGCAAAUCAAAGACGUGUAACGAGGAAGGCCCAAUACCUUCAGAUUUCUCGUUCUGUCUGAAGCAGCAGGCCCCUAGGAGGUCAGAGCAAGUUCUGUAUAAGGACAUCGCUGCGAGUAGGAAAAAUUCGGUUGCAAUUACACAAUUGUCUUCCCUUCCUAAACAUAUUUAACAUAUAAUUAACUCUUACAAAUUUUAUGAAAUUUUGAA